GUGUGCUGGCGAGCAGGUAGACAACGAAAAAGAAGACGCCAAGGAAGUUUAUGGGUUUUCUUUUUAAAUAAUGGAGUGAACUUCAAGUGGUUAUUUAUUAGUAUUAUUUACAACAGUAAGACGAAAAAAAACUCCCGCGUUCCUGGCGGAUCUAGCGCCAUUGGUGGAAGUAAAGAAGGGGGGAGGAGUGGUUGAUACUGUGCAUGCGCUUUCUUGGCUUCACGACGUGCACGCACAGCGGGGUCGGUCGAUGCGGAGCAGCAGCAGCAGUCCUCGCUUUGGCGUGGCUCUUCGGCCUUUCCCCUUUGCUACUUCUACGAUCGACGGAUAAAGACAAAUAAAAAGGAUAAAGCCGGACGGUGCAACAGUUGUGCCAGGCCCACGUUGGCUGCACCGGAGCAGAGACGUGAGGCGUUUGAGGAAACUGCAACUUUUCCAACUUGGAUGAAGUGAUUGCGCUGAGCGGAAGGGGAUGCCUGCUACCGACGAUGAACCAGGCGGCACCACGGAGGACCAGCACGCGGAGGAGGGAAGUCUGGCGAACACGCCCCCUUCGGGUCCCCUCCCCAUCAUCCCUUCUUCUACGCCCACUUUUCCCACCGCCGCGACGCCAGCCUUCGGCAGCGAGGCGUCGCUGGAGAGCAAGGCCGUCUCCGUGGCACACAGCGACGGCGUCAUGGCGCUCCAUUCCCCCGCCGAGGCCAGCCCGGCCAAGCCCACCGCCUCGGACGGCACGGCGGAGACGGGCCCAGCUAUCUCGGCUUCAGACUCUGUGGCGUACGCCGUCACUAGCUUGGUCCACGUAACGGAAUCUACGCCGGAUUCCAGUUUUGGUUCUUCUCUCCAGCCGGCUGACCAUCCCGCCGUCCUGACCUUCCGAGGUGUCAGCGUGACUCUGGAGAACGACCGCGUGUGGAAGCAGUUUUACAGAUGCGGAACCGAGAUGAUCCUCACCAAACACGGCCGCCGCAUGUUCCCUUACUGUCGCUACCGCAUGACGGGUCUGGAUCCCAAGCAGCGCUACAGCCUGGUGCUCUCCAUUGUUCCAGCAGAUGCGUACAGGUACCGCUGGAACUCCUCAAAGUGGGAGGUCGUUGGGUUGGCGGAGCCGCAGACAGAGGGUCCGGUGCGGGCCUUCUGCCAUCACUACACGCCGUGUCUCGGCUCCGACUUGAUGGGGGGGCUGGUGUCCUUCUACAAGGUCAAACUGACCAACAACCCCAGGGACCCGGAGGGUCACCUCAUCCUCACGUCCAUGCGCCGCUACAUUCCCAGGCUCCACAUCGUCCCCCUUCUCAACGAGGUCGAACCCACACUGCAUCAGCCUCUGGUCAUCGGUUCAGAGACCAUGACCUUCUCCUUCCCACAGACAGAAUUCAAGGCCGUCACCACUUACCAGAACUUUCUCAUCACCCAGCUGAAAAUUAACCACAAUCCUUUUGCCAAGGGCUUCAGGGAGGACAGACUCGACCCUCCAUCGAGUGAAACGAGGAUGCUGCUGCUGAACAGUGAACAUCAGCUCUCACAGCCUGAGGAACCAAUAGAAGCCAAAGAAGAACCUGUGGAGCAAAGCCCUCCGAGCGCCAGGUUCGUGCCCCUCCCGGUCGAGCCCAGCCCCCUCAACACCACCCCAAAGGAUGAGCAUGUCAGCGGGUGCGUGACGGGCGGUCAAGCCCCAGGGGACCUGGUGCUCACACCAAAGUGUCCACUUGUGAAAGUCAAAGAAGAGGAUGUGGGUGUUGAUGGUGAGGAUGAUGAUGAUGCACCCCCCUGCAAGCAGCCGCACAUGGAAGUCAACCCAAAGACACUGAUGUCAUCAUCAUCAUCAUCAUCAUUGUUACCCUCCGCCUGGGAGUCCCUGAAAGAGCCCGGCAGGAGAGGCGGGCACUGGGCGAGAAUCCGCCCGGGAUGGAAAACGGGCCCCUCCCCCGCAGAGGACCACAGGCGGUCAUCGGGCGUGGCUACGCAACCAGAGCUGGACGAAGUGGAGGGCAUCACGUUUGUGUCGUUCCACACCAGGGAAGCUCUGGAGAGUCACGUCCGAGCGUUUCCCGCCAAUCCUGCCUCAACAACGCUGGCGCCGGAUUCCUCAGCAGCUCCCACGCAGUCCAUCAAGACUGAGGCGCUGGCCCCAGAGACGCUUGAGGAGAGGAUUUGGCGCCUGGAGGCCAUCUUGUUGAAGGACCUCCGAGUUAUGAAACACAGACAGGUCAUCCACCCCGUUCUCCAGGAGGUGGGUUUGAAGUUAAGCUCCCUCGAUGUCACCAAGCCCAUCGACUUGCGUUACCUGGGGGUUCGUCUGCCGCUGCCCCCAUCGGAGGUGCCAGGAGGAGACAAUGGCGGCACCUCCACGUGCAGUGACAGCGACGGAUUGCCCUUCAUCUCCCGAACAGGAAAGACUAGUGACAUUACCAAAAUAAAAGGUUGGAAAAGCAAGUUAAUUCACAACAAGCAUGCCUCCCAGAAGAACCGUUCAGCCUUCUGCAGCAACAUGCUGGAUGAGUACCUGGAGAGCGAAGAGCAGCAGAUCAGCGAGCGCGCCGCCGCCUUCUCCACCAGCCCCGAGGCAGCGUCGGUGGCGUAUCAGCUGCCGGAGAAAAGCUCCAGCUACGUGAAAACGCUGGACAGCGUGCUCAAGCAACGCAAGGCCACCCUGGGCGUCAGCAGGCCCUGCCUGCAGUCGUUCAAGCCCCUCCUCUACGCCGCCUUGUUGUCGCCAGCUCCAGGACUAGCCAGACCUGUAGCGGAAGAUGGCUGCAGGACUGGGAGCACUGGUUCCGAUCCACAAAGUUCAUCCAAGCAGAUGUUGCCCAUCUCCAGCCCGAGAAGACCCUCGUAUGACCCAGAGGUUCAGUCCAAGCUGAUGGACAUGGAGGCAGAUGCCGUCAGCCGGGGAUGGGAGAGAACACAGGUGACGUCCAAGAGGAUGGCGGCUGCUCUGUCUGUCAUGUUGACCAAAAAGGCACUGCACCGCCAGUCUCAACAGGGAUCUCCCCCACACCCGGACCACAAUUCCACGGUGCCGGAAUGUGGCCAGGAGUUCUGCAGGCUGGGCUGCGUGUGCCCCAGCAUCCAAUACCCCAAAGCUAGCCCUCGCCACUGCCGGCAGCCCCAAUGCAUGUUGGACUGCGUCUGCUCCCAGCAAAAAACGGUUGAAGCGACUCGGGCAAAGACCAGUAAACUGUGGAAUCACAACAUUUUCGACAGGGAUCUAGAGCCACUGUUUUCUCCAAAAAGCUUCAGCGAGUCCCUUCCGAAUACCCCCAGCGUCUGCACUGCUCCUCUGCAGAUGAAGGAAGAGGACAAGGAUCCGGUGUAUAAAUACUUGGAGAGCUUCUUGACGUGCGCCCGCAUACGGCCGUUCGAUAGCGAGCCGCCGACUCAGCCCACCAUCAAGCCCGAGGGCGUCGCCCCUCCAAGUGCCUGCAAACAAGGGCCGAUCAAAAAACACAUCGAGAUCCAGUCGGCAUGCUGCUGGGAAAAAGACACCCAGAUGGUCCUGGAGGCCCUGUGCCAGCGCAUGAGUCAGAACAAGCUGUUCGAGUCGUUCGCCGUGGGACCCUACCACAUCCACCCCAUCAUGAAGAUCUUCAUAAAGAAGCCCAGCGGAGACGUCCUCACCUACAAGCUACACAUCGGUCUUGGGGCAAGAUUGUCCGCAGGCAAGAAUGAGGAGGAGGAGGAGGAGGAGGCUGAAAGCGCUGACAGCUGUGAGGAAGAGCAGGACCUGGUGGAUGUGGAGGACUCCAGGCUGUUCGGAGUCACGCCCUUCCUGACCGGUAUGAUGCCUGCCGGCGUGAUGGUCGCCAGGAUGAAACCUGCCAGCGUCCAAGAGCCUGGACUCAUAGUGGUCAACGGGAAGUCCUACAAACAGGCGCGGCUGUUGCUGGGCAGCGUGGGCUCGCUGCACCCGGCCAACCGGCUAGCGGCGUACGUCACGGGAAGGCUGCAGCCCAGCGUGGACCUCCCUUUGAAAACAGACGCCGGUCCCAAACAGGACCCGGCUGCUAAACAGUGCUUAAAGGUCACCGGGAGACUGCUCCCCCCGGUGGGCUCUCCCAAGAACGGCAGCGACAUGAAGGCGCCCCCACAGAUCCGUUUGUUCCAAUCACACAGUGUAAACAAGGAGGCAGAGACGUUGCCACAACAAGCUCCGACCUCAUCGGCGCCAGGCCCCCUCGGCGUCCUAAGGCCCGCAUGCUCCCCCGUCUCUCUCACCGUGUCGCCCUCUAUGAAAACCCCCAGCUUCCUGAGCCAGAGUGGGACCUACUCCUUCAGGAUCUGCCCUCCGUCCAAACCGGGACAGAGAGACCAGAAGCAGCAGGGCAUCUCCUUGCCGGGGGGCUUCACCCUCAUUCAGCUGCCAAAGCCGGACGCUGCGGCGACGGGGUCCCAAACAGUGGGGGCAGACAAAACCGUGGGGGCAACCAAAAACCAAAAUGGGGCAGUGGAGCCAGGGGAGGUGACGGAGGCCAUUAAAGGAACGCCUUCAAAGAUGGAGGAGGUCGUACUGAUUUCUUCUUCCUCCGAAGAUGAAGGCUCCGUCUCGGACUCUUCUGACUUAAGCGACGAGAACAUCUCCGUGGACAUUGAGACGGUGGAGGAGGCCAAACAGCAGAAGGCCAUCGCCAGGUUGAAGGAAAUGGCCAAGGAGUCAGACGGCAGCCCGUUCCUUCCUCUUCACUCCGCUGCCGGUGAUGCGUGGUUCAACAAGCAGGAACGCAAAGACGACGAGGACAACACCGGCUGCCUCCUGACCAAGAAGCGAAAGCAGCACACGGUGUUGGAGAGGCAGCGCCGCUUGGAGCAGCGAGCCCUUUUCGACAGGCUCCAGGACGUCCUGGAAAAGCAGGCGGCCUCCAGACUGCACCUUCUCACCAUGGCUACAAAUGAGAUCCACAUGCUGACCACCAUGUCCAGCUGCCUGCUGGAGACCAAGAAGGAGCUGGCUCGGGUCCAGGCUCUCCACUUGAAGAAGCUGUCUUCCUUGUCUGGGAAGUCUGAGGAACUGAUCCAACGCAACCUGAAAAUCCUCUUCAAGAGGUUGAGGGACAAAGGCAGCUCCAAGCCAUCGGAGCCACAGUCCAAAGCUCAUCUCCUCAAACCGGUACCCAAAACGGAGCUACCGCCCACACCGCCGGCCCCAGUCCUACCACCAGCAGCAACCUCCCAGCCCAAACUGGAGACCACACUGACCAUUCCACCAUCACCAACCACCCGGCCCGAGCAGCCCCCGCCCCCAGUCCCACCGAUGCCCCCAACCCCACCCUUAAGCAUACCAGUGUGCCAGCCUCACCCCCCUUUAGUUCCGCCUCUAGCAACCCUUCCAUCCCCACCAGGCCAAAGUGAUGCCCAGCCACCACUUCCCUCUGACCCCCCGAAGCCACCCUCUCCUCCCCAGGCGCCAUCGGAUCCUCCUCCUUCUAACGUGAACGUGACUCCACCCACGCAGCCUUUAUCCCUGCCUCUGAUUCGCUCCAAAACCGGCAGACUCAUCCUUCCCUCGUGUUUGAAACCACCUGCCCAAGGCGUGUACACGCUCAUGUUCAGGAACCCCACCCAGGAAGGAGAGAUGGACUCCGUCUUCAGCAUCCGGACAUCCAGCGUGACCCCUGACAAGAACCAGGACCAGGUCUCCCCAGCGGACUCUGCAAGGCCUCAGGGCCAGUCCUCGCUGAACGUCUCACCUGGCGGCGUCGCAUCGGACGGCGGGGAACCCGGCAUGAAAAUGCGCGCUGAGAAGCGUCCUCCACUGGAGACAGAUCCCGACCCGCCCGUCGCACGACGGCCCAGAGGCCGACCCCCGAAGUACACCAGGAUCCCCGAGGGUAAACGUCCCAGGGGGAGACCUCGGAAGAAGCUGCUGGCGGCGGGACACGAGGAGGACGACUUCACCCCCGUGACCCCAGACUCCUCUGGAGAUGGCAGCGGGUCACGGCCAAGAACCCGGGCCUCACUGGGUAAGGACUUCCCCAGCGCCAAGAGACGGUCCUGGAUAGACGUGGAGAUGGAGCUGGAGCCUGAAUCCGAGUCGGACUGAGUCUGAGCUUGGUUGGGAUGACUACACUGGGAAUGCAGGUCACUAACUGGUGCGUGUGUGAAUGAAUGAAUGAACGAACGAAUGAAUGAAUGAAUGAAGGACCAGGGUCACUGUGAAACACUUAAUGCUGCUUAGUUAGCGUGCAGACUGCUCUUACUUAAUCAGGUACAUCAAUUAACCUGCUGAAUGUUUGCAUCAUGGCUGAUUGAGCCCUCACACACACACACACUUAUUCUUGCAGGUAAAAGCUACAUGAGUUUAAGGUGACAUUCCAGAAAUUCCUAUAAAUACUGUAUUUGCUUUUAAAGUCCACCUGUUGUUAAAAUACACUGGAUUGUUCAUGAAUGUGGAACAACUUUCUUUUACCAAUGAUCUUUUGCUUUUCUUUCGAUGUGCCGGGAGAAGUCAAACCUGUUGAGGAAUCAUUUGACAAACUGUAAUGCAAAAAGCCAUCUAUGUAUGUAUCUAACGAAAUGGAAUAUUGUACACAUUUUGUGGGCUGUGAUUGUCAAUAAAUAGACAAACAACAAGGGCUGUUACAUUAAGAAUCGGAUUGGGAUUGAUCAUCGUUGGAGUGAAUUUGUAGAUGCGCUCCUGUUUUAGGAACAGAAAGAU